AUGGCCGGGAGCUAUGAAAUGUCAUGUUCAACUGAAAUAAACAAAUUGGCAAAACGUGCGAGGUAUGAAGCAGAAGGGUCUCAAAAGUUCAAAGGUAUUGUUCCUCAACAAAACGGACAUUGGGGUGCACAAAUAUACGCAAACCAUCAAAGAAUAUGGUUAGGGACAUUCAAAUCCGAAAGAGAUGCUGCCAUGGCUUACGACAGCGCCACCAUUAAGCUUAGAAGUGGAGAAAGCAAUAGGAAUUUUCCAUGGAAUGACCAAACAGUUCAAGAACCUUUUUUUCAAAGUCAUUAUAGCAUGGAAACAAUUUUGAGCAUGAUUAGAAAUGGAACCUACCAAUCUAAAUUUGCCACGUUUCUUAGGAACCAAAGCCAAAGUGGCAUUGUUGGGUUGAAGAAGAAGAAGGGUGGUGGGGAACAAUUUUCUUGCACACAACUUUUUCAGAAAGAAUUAACACCUAGUGAUGUUGGUAAACUAAAUAGGCUUGUCAUCCCCAAAAAACAUGCAGUUACUUAUUUUCCUUUGGUUUAUGACAACAAUAUAACUGCAAACGAGAACGAGGAUCAUAAGUGCAGCAGCGAUGUGGAGGUUGUGUUUUAUGACAAACUAAUGCGAUUGUGGAGGUUUCGAUACUGUUAUUGGAAGAGCAGCCAAAGCUAUGUGUUCACUAGAGGAUGGAAUCGAUUUGUCAAGGAUAAGAAAUUAAAGGCUAAAGACACCAUUGUGUUUUAUACGUGUGAACCUAUAAUAAAUUUCAAAAAAUGUGGUGAUCAUCAUGAACAACUCUUUUCAUUGAUUGAUGUAAUAUAUCAUAGAAAAAAGGGAGAAGAUGCCAAACAUGUUUUGGAAAAAAGGAUAAUAAUUUCCAAUGAAGUGGAUGAUGAAGAGACUCAAGGUAGAAUAGAUUUGAAUGCAUUUCAUUCCACACAUAAUAAUUCAGAUACAAGAUUUAAGCUCUUUGGCGUAAGUAUCAGCUGA